AUGGGUUCACCGACAAACAACAAAGGGGCUGCCGCUGCUGUUGGCACCGAUCUUGCAGCAGUGCUCCCCGAUGACCAACGACCGUGGUGGCGCGUCCCACAUCUUCUUAAGCUCAAUCUUCUUCUUCUCGUGCCCCUAGUCUCCUCCGGUGAUAUUGGUUAUGAUGGGUCCAUGAUGAACGGCCUUCAGACUCUUCCUCAAUGGAGAGGUUAA